AUGUCUGUCCAGGCAGCAUCUCUGAACGACAAGGUGCGUAUCGUCUGCAUCUCCGACACGCAUAAUGACGACUGCACCCAGAGUCUGCCCGACGGCGACCUCCUCGUCCACGCGGGUGAUAUGACGGACGACGGCACAAUGGAAGAGCUGCGUGUUGCGUACGAGUGGAUCGCUGCACUGCCGCAUAAGAUCAAGCUUGUCAUAGCAGGGAACCACGACGUUGGCCUGGAUCCGGAUCACAGCAAGUUCUUGCCCGAGGCCCUCGCUCUGUUCACGUCCGAAGCCGCCGCCGCAUCGGGCGUCCACUACGUCGACAGGGUAUCCGCCCGUCUCAACGACACGAUCAGUGCCUACGGCAACCCCACGCAACCAGACUUCCUCGCCUCGUCUUACGCCUUCACCUACCCACCGUAUCCUUCCCAACAGGCGACAGCGGCAUGGGCGUCGGCACCCACGGACCCUUCUUCUUCCUGCGCUCUCUGGAUCACGCAUGGGGGUCCCCUGGGCCACCUCGACUGGAUCCCCAUCCCGCCCUUGCGGGGCUGCGAGGUGCAGGCGCGGGCUGUGGCGAGGGCCCGCCCCGUGUUGGCCGUAUUUGGUCAUUUCCAUAGCAGCCACGGCGUCGAGGUCGUGACCUGGAAGCCUGGCGUCGACGAGGCGGCGAGGACGGACUCGCUGGUCAAGGACGGAGCGCCGUGCCUGCUGGACUUUACGACGGGAGACGCAAGGUUCGACAGAGGGGAGAAGACCAUCUUUGUGAAUGCGGCGUGGAUGACGCUGAAGAAGAGACAGACGGAGGAGAGGUAUCAGCCCGUGGUGCUGGACCUGCCAUCACGUCUCUUGAUGUAA